AUGCAGCGGUCUUCAACAAGAUACACCACGUGGGAGGCUCUUGCUUUGCAUGAGUCCGUUCCUGCAGACCGCUGGUGUGUGACUCACUCAGACCUGAAAUACUUGCGGCAUGAAGUUCGGAAGGCUAUUCAGACUGGCGAGAUUCGCCCGCCAGAUGACGGCUCUGACGCUUUUCAUCUCUCUGACAACGAGUAUGGGCCGAGCAUUUACACCGUGAACAUGCAGCACAUCAUGCCAGUGACCGAGAAAGCUGGCAAAGUUAGCUGGGCUUUGAUGCGACACCCGGAUGGCUUGGAAUGUGACUUGUUCAUCAGUCACGCAUGGCAAGAAGGUGUGUUCGAGUUCCUGUCCAAAGUCUUACAUUCUUGGCCCAGAGCCGCACGACAUGCCUGGUGCUGCAUGCUGGCCAACCCACAGAAUCUGGAUGUUGGAGCAUUGCUGCAGUCUCCGCGCACCUCGCCCUUUGCGCUCGCUCUCCGGGCCUCCAGCCACGUCCUUGUGGUGCCCAACCGCCACUGCAGCAUCUACACGAGGCUAUGGUGCAGCUAUGAGGCAUAUGUUGCUCACGAAGCUGGCAAGACGAUCUCCAUUGCCACAAAAUCCAACAGGAGACGUUUGAUUGCUGCCGUCGUUCGGACCUUGUUGGCAGGUCUUGUUGGCGUCAUCUUGGCCCUGGUGCUGAGAUUGUCGAGGCUCACCGGCAAGCACACCCCCGUGCAUCAUGCGCUCAGCAUCACUGCUAUGUUCGUCGUGUUGGCCAGCUUCGUGGCCAGCGCAAGCCUUCAGCGUAGCGACUGCAUCAUGGUGGCGAACAGGAUCGGGACCAUGGCGUCGUGCUUCCUGACCGCUCAUUGGUACGACUUUCACCCCUUCCUCGGCCUUCCAGGAUUUUCGAAGAUGUGGUCCCUUUUGGAGCAGCGGUUCCUUCUGCUCAUCAUGGCCAGCUACUUCUGUUUGGUGGAGGUCGACCGCAUCAGCUGCUUGUCCUGGAAGGAAGCGACCUCGCAGCUCCGGACAGACUUUCGAGGCUCCAUCGCACAUGCCACAUGCUCGAAGCCGGAUGACGCCGUGCGGAUUCAUUCGGAGAUCGGCGCCCAAACAAAGGACGUAGACUAUGCCAUCCAAGUGCUUCUGACUGCCGGGAUGUCUACGCCGACCCUCCGGGACGUCGCCCGUGCAGGCGUAUGGAUUCAAGACGCUGGUCACGCCGAGAUCUCUGUUCCGGGUUUGGCCCUGGUGCCAUGUACCUGUAUUGCGACACUGAGGUUGGUCGCAACACUGAUACCGUUCAGUAGCUUGCAGUAUAUGGCGUGGUACUACGUUGUGUUUCAGUGUCUUCCUAUACUCUGCAGGGUAUUUCUUAUUAUUGUCGUUUGUCGCAGUGCAACGGACGAGCGCUGCUUCAUACUGAAGAUGAUUACCAAGCUGUGUGUUGUAUACCUCAUUUUCCUUUUCCCCAUCAUGGUCUCUAUGGAGUGGAGGAAAUCACAGGAUGCAGCAGGACCCAUACUGACUUUUGCAGAAGCUGGACUGUUCCUGGCCACGUGUGGCUUCUCCUCCUGUGGCAUGCGGGGUACGCUCUCCUUGCCUUGUGGCCGCUGCCUCCUACAGUUCUUCCUGACUCGAUCCUGUGAUCGGAAGGCCCUCCUUCUUGCCGACUCAGACAGUGACACCGCAUCCCUUGCUUCUUCGCCUUCUUCAACCGCUUCUUGA